AUGUCCUGCAUCCACUACAAGUUCUUCUCCAGGCUGAACUAUGAUACGGUCACCUUCAGUGGCCUUCACAUCUCCCUUUACGACCUCAAGUGCCGGAUCAUGUGGCGUGAGAAGCUGAAGGCAGCCAACUGUGAUCUGCAGAUCACCAAUGCCCAGACCAAAGAAGAGUACACAGAAGAUGCCCUGAUUCCUAAGAACUCAUCAGUAAUUGUUAAAAGAAUCCCUGCUGGAGGAGUUAAAGCUACCAGGAAAACAGAUGUUACAAGUCGAACUGAGCCAGUGAGCAGAACAUCAGAAGCAAUGGGUGGUGAGUCUUCUGCAUCUGUUUCUCUGGCCAAGCUUUUAAAGACUUCCAACCUGGCUGAAGCCAAUGCUUCUGAAGAAGACAAAAUAAAAGCCAUGAUGAUACAGUCUUGCCAUGAAUAUGAUCCAGUCAAUUACAUGAAGAAGCCCUUGGGUACACCUCCACCAUCAUAUAUUUGCUUUCGCUGCGGAAAACCUGGCCACUAUAGAAAGAACUGCCCAAGAAAUGCGGACAAAAACGUUGAGUCUAUUCCCAGACUUAAAAGGAGCACAGGAAUUCCAAGGAGUUUCAUGAUAGAGGUGGAAGAUCCCAACACAAAGGGUGCAAUGCUGACAAACACUGGAAAAUAUGCAAUACCGAUUAUUAAUGCGGAAGCUUAUGCUAGAGGAAAGAGGGAAAGGCCUUCACCUCUACCAGAGGAGCCAUCCUCCUCCUCUUCUGAUGGUCCUAUUCCAGAUGAGCUGUUAUGUCUCAUUUGUAAAGAUAUAAUGACUGAUGCAACUAUUCUUCCCUGCUGUGGAAGCAGUUAUUGUGAUGAAUGUAUUAGAACAGCAUUACUGGACUCUGAGGAACAUACAUGCCCAACGUGUCAUCAGACAGAUGUUUCUCUUGAUGCUUUAACUGCCAACCAGAGCCUACGCCAGGCUGUGAACAACUUCAGAAAUGGAGCUGGCUACACAAAAAGGCUCUGUAGGCAGAUUCAGCAGCAGCAGCCGCCACCAUGUCCACCACCACUCAGGACUGUUAUCCCUCCUGCUGCUACGGUGACUGCCACUGAACUGCCUCAAUCUUCCUCUCUGUCAAUCAGCAGUUUGUUGGAAGAGAAG